UUAUUAGCAUUGAAGUUGAAAACAAGCUUGAAAUUUAACAUUUCAAAAGAACGGGAACGAAACUUGAGAAUAUUGUAGAACAGAAAAUUGAUUCUGAUAGUUGAAAAGUUUUAGAAUCUAGAGCUAGCAUAACAUCCGCUUAUUAAAGAUAUAAAAUUAGAUUGAAGAUCUGAAAAGUCAGCAUAAAAUUCAUUGUGGAAAAAUAAAACAUGUCAAAAUACAAUUGGACACGUCAGGAGACGAAAGAUCUCAUAACUCUUUAUGAAAUCAAUGAAUGUUUAUGGAAUAAAAAUCUUCGUGAAUACAAGGAUCGUGAUGAAAGAAUAUCAUCGAUUCAAAGCAUUUCAGAUGAGAUGAAAAUCUCUAUCGAAGAAAUAAACAAGAAAAUUCACAAUCUUCGUAACCAGUACCGUUUUGAGCUGAAUAAAACUAAGAAAAAGAUACCAGGAAAACCACAAUACAAAACGAAGUGGCCUUACUUUGGCAACUUAAGCUUCUUAGAAAAUGUAGUGUCAGUACGUGGUAGCAAUACAUCUCAAACCAAUAGCACCGGCGAAUAUGCUGACACUAACGAAUAUACUGUGGAAAAAUAUGAAGAAGAAAACGAGAAUUCAUCAGAAAAAGUAAAUAACAUCAACAAUAAUAAUGAUACAACAAUAGUGACAGCGAAUGGCAAUGCACAACCGCAGCAGAUUUUUCAUGUUUCUGUUGAGUAUGAAGAACCGAAACCAAAACAAAUAAAGACCGAAGUUCUUCAAAGUGCACGGAAACGUCGAUUGAUGACGAAAGAUGGAAAUGAAAUUGCACAGCAUCAUAUGCUAAAACAAUACGUUCAACCAACGACUUCAACGCCAAAACCAGCACCAACAAUCAUUAUUGAUGAUAAAUCUCAAGAUCAUGAGAUAAAAAAUAUUAACGAAGCUGAUGAGACUUUCGGAUCAGUCACAAGACCAGAUGAAGUCAAAAAGUUUGAUAACUUUGAUGUGUUUGGGAUGUUCGUUGCAAAUGAAAUGCGAAGCCUUCAAAGUCAAAAUUUACAAAAGAAGCUUAAACGGAAAAUCCUUGAAUGCGUUCUUGAAGUCAAUGAUUUGGAUUCGGAUCAAAACGCUUAAGCGAUGUGAAUCAUAAAUAAAUGUUUAGUUUUAGAAAGGAAUUCCAGGUUUAAUAUUAAGGCAUUUUCAAAGAGUUAUUAUUAAGUUAUGAAGCAUGAAAUGAUAUAAAAAGAGUUUUUAUGGAUAAAUUAGCAAUAAUGAUUUCUGCACUAUAACUUUUUUUUAGAAUAAGGCAUUCGGCUCUUGAUAAGAAAUUUCACUCGCUCUAAGAUGUAAGUUUCCUGUCCCUUCAAACAUUUAAUAUCAAGAGUUGGCUGUAAGAUGAAAACCUAAAUUUCCAAAACGAAAUAGUUCAAGAAAAUUAUGUGAAAAGAUAAAAGAAAAAAUUAAUUUCUAAAAGCUUUUCGAUUGUAAAAUUGUACCUUUAAUGUUUUGAUAAUGAUAAAAUUACAAUAAAAG